UCAAUCUUCGUCUACCGGAAUUCGCCAUUUUAGUCGUACAGUGAAAGGAGAUUUAUGAAUUUAGUUAGGCUGGAGGACGAAGAAUAUUUUGUGAAAAGUGUGUCAUAUUUCAGUUUUUUGUAGUGAAAACGUUUUUUUAAUAAACAUCUUAGUAUAAUAGUGUGAUUUUGUUCAUUACUAACAUUUGUAUGUAGUGCUACUUCCCAGUUUUAUAGUUUGUAAUAGUGCUCAUUCGUGUGUCGCUUAGAUAAUUCAAUGGCUAUGAUAUUGAAAUUUUAACUCUUGGCGUCACUGGACGUGCUAACUGAGGGAUACUAAGGAGGAAAGGAGGUGACCUGAUAAGAAAUGAGUAGGCCUCAAGGCGGACGUAUCCAAGUCCCAGAUGACCUACGAGAAAUCUUGUUGGAAUUCACUAUAAGUUACCUAUUGGAACAGCCAGGGGAUGUUAUCAACUACGCAGUCGAAUUCUUCACUAGGUUACAAAACAAUCGGACGACAACCAUAGUCCGUGGCCCUUCAGCGGGCACACCCGAUGAGUCCAUAAUAUCUGAUGAAGAAGAGCCGCCCGUGGCGCGAUUCAACAAUCGACGCAAGUCCGUUUUUGCUGAAACAUAUGAUCCCGAAGAAGAUGACUCUGAUGAGGGUGCUCCGGCAGUGUUCCCCAAGUCUGAUGCGCAACGGGCACGUCUCGCUGAAGCCGUGCGCGGAAUUCUUCUAUUCCGCUCUCUCGAUGCUCAACAAAUGCAGCAGGUGCUAGACGCAAUGUUUGAAAAGCGCUCGGAGCCAGGCGAGUACGUGAUCCGACAAGGGGACGAUGGCGAUAACUUUUACGUCAUCGAAAACGGUGUCUUUGACGUUCUCGUCACGGGAGAUGAUGGGGUUGAGAAGGUGGUACACACAUACGAAGGCUCAGGCUCAUUCGGGGAGUUGGCCCUCAUGUACAACAUGCCUCGAGCCGCGUCAGUGCGGGCGCAGAGUCCCGGAGCCCUGUGGGCCAUGGACAGGCACACCUUCCGUCGCAUCCUGCUCAAGAGCGCCUUCAAGAAGCGCAAGCUGUACGAGGAACUGCUGGACAAAGUGCCCAUACUUAAGGCUCUACAGCCAUACGAGCGAGCCAACCUCGCCGAUGCCCUUCUUCCACGCACUUUAAUCGACGGUGAGCUGAUCAUCCGCCAAGGAGACACGGCGGAUGGCAUGUACUUCGUCGAGGAUGGCUCCAUCAGCAUCCGCAUCGCUCGUGAUGAUGGAAACGAGCAUGAGAUAAAGCGCCUGGGCAAAGGAGACUACUUUGGCGAGCUGGCUCUGGUCACCCACAAGCCGCGUGCUGCCUCCGCAUAUGCCAUUGGACCCACCAAGGUCGCUUUUCUAGACGUGGAGACCUUCGAGCGUCUCCUGGGGCCCUGCAUGGAGAUCAUGAAGCGCAACAUCGACGACUACGAGGAGCAGCUGGUCAAGCUCUUCGGAGACAAGAGCAACCUCACCGACGUGCGAUGAACUGGAUCGUCUCGCGGCCUCCCUUCACCGUAAUCCGCUCCAACCCCUCCAGCCCCGCGGGUUGCCGAAAUUGGGGCCCGCGUUCCUAUCUUAUGCCAAUCUUUUCAAAACCCAAAAUUCUGAUGAGGCUAAAUCUUCCCGGUAGUGUAUUAGAAGUUCCAAAAAUACACAUAAAAUACUUAAAAUGACUGUCCGUCUCCUAUCCCGUAGAUAAAAUUAGCAUUUGGACAAUGGCACUGAUUAUUAAAAUAUGACGUGGUCUCUGAAUCUUGUUUUCUGGAUUUUCAGCCGUCGAAAAAUCUUAUAUGAAUUCUCGGACGUUCUUGUAUUUGGAGAACUUUGAUUUGAUGUUUAAGUAGAGAAAUUAUUGUACAAUCGUGUGCCACAUCGGCUGAGGGUUACGCGAGGGAGGUGACGAGGGAGGGCGUGGUCGAACGGUGCUGCGGGUGAACAGAAUACGCUUAUUUUAGAUGAAGCCUUAAGGCUGCGAUCGGGCAUUCGUCGGCGCCUUCGCCCUCCUCUCGGCUGACUCCUCGAUGAUGUAGAUUUGAUCUUUGUCACUCGGCCCGACUUUUUAGUCGCUUCUCGCUUUCAUUUUUGAGGAACGAUUUAAAAGUCGCACUUAGAUUUAUUUAUUUAUUUUUUUAUUUACGAAGCGAUUCGAUGAAAUAGAAGCAUUUUGUCUGACGUUGAAACAAUAGUUUAUUUAUUUACGAUUUUGUUACGUUUGCCUGUCAAAGAACGUGUCGUCUCACGCGUCGCCCUGUGAACGAGUGAGACGGCGCGAUCGCUUGGCAGGAUUUUUAUUAUUGGGAGAACAUGUUUUUUGUUGAAUGCGUUUAUUUUGUCGACAGUUCCUGAGUCCUGUCGUUUUUUGUAAUUAUUAUUUAAAGAUCCGAGGUGUUCCGCUCGACGGAGACUUCGAACGUUUCUACAAUUAAAUGUGGGUAGUUGAGUAAAUUAUGUAAAAUACCACUAUUUGUGUGCGGCGUCGGUUUCGGCCUCCCCUCGGGCGAUCCAGUAUUAGUUUGUUAUCGAACCCUCGCGAGUCCAGCCAAAGUAGAGAAACGCGUUCUUAUAGUUAUUUAAAUAUUAGAUUAGUUAAUACCAAGGAGCGUGUACAAAUGUUUUCAGUUGCCAUAAUCUUUUAACAAAUUAUUAUUAUUUACUUUCGUUAUUCAGUUUUAUUUACGUUAACGUAAAGUUGUUUUUGCCGCUGAUCUCGACUUCAGCGAAGCUUUUUGAGCGUUUUAGGGUUCUUGUUUGCUUACAUUCCUCGCUUUGUUCGGUCUGCAUCCGAAUACCGGAUGAGCUUUCGGAGCAGACCAUCUUCCCGGUGCCGGUGUCGAGAUGAACGGAAGCCUUCCCCUGGUGCGGUGAGUGUGUGCAAUAAAUAUGGCGAUCGGAUUUCUAUAUUUGUUAAAUCUACGUAUCUCUAUUUAACCGUGUUUCCUCAAGUGUACCUUGUUUUAAACGCGUAACGAUAGUUACUUAAAAUAUAUUUACCGAGCGCGAGAUCGCUUCGCGGCGUUGACGAUAUGCAAAUCAGAUUUUUAUUUACUUAAUUAACCAUAGCCAUAUAUUUAUCGACUCGACGUGCGUCCGGCGGUACCGAGUGUGUGUGACGUUUCGUUCUGUGUAAAUUGUUAUUUCUGUGCCGGUGAGGCGAUCGCGUCCUCCCUUUCUGUGUGUCUGUCCCGGUGUAUCGGAAUCGUAGUUAGAGCGUCGUGCAAUAAAAUAAUCAUUUAUGUCGUGAAUCAUAUAAAUUUUUGUCAAUGUGAAAUUAUUUAUAAUAGAUAGAUAGCGUAAGUUGUAAUAUUUCUCUUUAUAUACCGAUGUCAUCGGAUCCUAUCGCGUUCCACUCUGACUUCCCCGGCGUGGGUGGAGACGGGUUCCGCGUUCGAGGCGCGGAAGCACAAAUACUAUGUGAUCGGGGACAUCUCGUCUUCCCUCGGGACGCACAGUGGACGUUCGCGUGCGGUCCGUCCGGUUGUCGCGUUGAGACGUAUCGAUACGCUUAAUCGUAGCGUAAUUUUUUAUAAAUUACUAGUCAUCGGUGUCUGCGUAGGGUACGACCGAUCAGCACAUUUGUCCUCUCAUAUUCAUAUACACGUUAGGUUUAAGAUGUCACACCUGUCCCGUGAGAAGCAUAUCAAAAGCGGCGAGUCCGUUUCCUAUCUCUGAACUCUAAAUUGCACUCGCACGUCUGAAGCCAGUCGUGAACUUCAUAGUGUUGCUUUACCGCGUCAUGAGCUUACCCUGUACAUUUAUAAAUUAUGUAUCGUAAAAUGUUAGAAAACUGAAUUAUAUUUGUUUGUAGAUCU